GCGAUAAUAAACAAAUAGUGAAAAUUUAUCAUAACUUGAGUGGCCGUCGCGAUCGCAAGAGUGUAAUUCCGUAUUAAUUUCGCAAACCCCCGGCGGAGAAAGUGUCCUCGCUAGUGUCGCGCGAAUCAAUCCGGUUCCGGGCUCCGGAACCGAGUAAAGUUCCCGCGAUUAGUCGCGCCUGGGGGGGAACAUUCGAAAGUUUGUGCAAUUUCGUGAAGUGAAGUGAAAAGAUGGGGCGCGCAAGUAUGAGCCUCCGGAAUGUUCGUUCCGAGCUGAGUGUGUGGUUUGUGGUGGCCUGUGGGGGGCUGCUGCUGGCGAGCCAGGGAUGCCUCGGGGAGUCCACCGAUAUCGAGCUGGACGCGAAGGCCAACAAGAUCCACCAGAUCGAUUCGCUGAACCUGCUGCUGUACACCUUCCUGCUGACUUUGACCGUGCUCACGAUUUGGCUGUUCAAGCAUCGGCGGGUCUCGUGGCUUCACGAGACAGGACUGGCCGUCAUCUACGGCCUCAUCGUGGGCGCCAUCAUCCGGUAUGCUGGCACGACGACGCCCAUCACGCACGUGACGGUCGACCCGCAGCCGGACGCCCGCUUCAACCAGAGCCUACCUCCGGACACGCUCUGGUUGCUCUUUCCGGGCAAGCUGGAACCGGUCGACGCCAACUCACCGCAGACACCGGUGCGGGCCAACAAAACCUACUCGUACUCGUUCCGCGGCGAGGUGGCCAAACUCGAAGAGAACGAGAUCGACCUGAAGGCCACCUUCGAUCCUGAGAUUUUCUUCAACAUCAUCCUCCCGCCAAUCAUCUUCCACGCCGGGUACAGCUUGAAGCGGAAAUACUUUUUCCGCAAUCUGGGAGCCAUCCUCACGUUUGCCAUAAUCGGAACGACACUGUCGGCGUUCCUGAUCGGUGCCCUGAUGUACGGGUUCGUCCAGAUGAUGCCAAAUCUUAGUGCCAGCUUCACCUUCCUGGACACGUUGUACUUUGGCGCGCUGAUUUCCCCAACCGAUCCACUCACCAUUCUGGCCAUAUUCAGCGAUAUGCACGUGGACGUCAAUUUGUACGCGCUGGUCUUUGGCGAGAGUGUACUGAACGAUGCGGUUUCGCUUGUACUGAGCGGUGCCAUUCAAAAUUACGGCGAGCAUUACUCGAGCAGCGGGGACUUUGAGAGUCACGCCUUCCUACGUUCGGUGGGAAACUUUUUCAGUGUGUUCUUCCUGUCGCUCGUGAUUGGCGCUUCGAUGGGUUGCUGUACGGCGCUGAUGACCAAGUUCACCCACAUUCGCGAUUUUCCGCUGCUCGAGUCGGCCCUGUUCGUGCUGAUGUCGUACAGUACGUUCCUGAUUGCGGAGGCGGCCGAGCUGACAGGUGUCGUGGCGGUGCUGUUCUGCGGAAUCUGCCAGGCGCACUACACGUACAACAACCUGUCGGACGACUCGCGGACGCGCACGAAGCAGAUCUUCGAGCUGCUCAACUUCCUUGCGGAGAACUUUAUCUUUUCGUACAUUGGCGUGUCGAUGUUCACCUUCCCAAAGCACCACUUCGAUCCGCUGUUUAUCUUCACGGGAUUCAUGUGUGCGGCCAUUGGACGAGCGAUCAACAUCUACCCACUGUCGGCGUUGCUCAACAUCGCUAGAAAACCAAAGAUUUCAUGGAACUUUCAGCAUAUGCUUUUCUUUGCAGGUCUGCGAGGAGCAAUGUCGUUUGCUCUUGCCAUACGGAAUACGGUGUCCGACGCACGACAGGCCAUGUUGACCACAACUUCACUGAUUGUGAUCGCGACUGUUAUCGUCCAGGGAGGAGCAUCCAAUUUCUUGCUGAAUUGGCUGAAGAUUCCCGUUGGAGUUGACGACGAAAGGGAAGUCUUGCCGUACCAAGGAGUGAGAAGCGUGUACAAUUCCAUGGAGAAUACAGCCGGGUCCAUCGAUGUCGGACUGAAUCUUAGCCAGCUGCAGGUUAAUCGACGGACUAGCUCAUUGGACCUGGAGAACCAGGACAGCGAAGGUGCGACUACGCCGGGCGGAACCCGACGGGGCAACGAGAAGGCCGUGCUGGCGAGGGUCUGGGGCAACUUUGACACCAGGUUCAUGAAGCCCCUGCUGACCCACUCGCGGCCUACGCUGCUCGAGACGCUUCCGGUAUGUCUCAGUCCGUUGGCCCGGCUGCUGACGACGACCGAGCAGCUGACACAGGAGGGCCCCACGCGACGUGCCGACUCCGACUCGGAUCUGUGCAUCGACGAGGACGACCGGACGUCCCGGGGGGACAGCAGCAUCCGGCGCAACUCGAUCAAUCGCCUGGAGAUUAUGGACGACUCCGUCCACGGUUCGCUGCACUCGGUCAACUUCACGAGCCGGAUCAUCCAGCACGGCAAACGGGCCGGCGGCAAAAUAUUCCACUUUUAGAAAACCACACCAAACGAGAUCCUGGUUUUCUUGCUUUCACCACACGCCCACGCCCACAAUCGCCCAUCGAGCACAAUUUUCGCGUGACUGUGAUAAUUCGAAGAAAGAAAAAAAGUAACAACGCGUUGUAAAUAUUAUUUAAACUUGUCGUUUGAACCCGAGCCUGAAAACCAUCCGAAUUAGCAUAACUCUCUCUCUCUUCGAUGUAUUUUGAAUGUGUGUCCAUGCAGAAUAAAGUUGCAAUCUUGUUUAAAUCUUUAAAAA